CUGGUCAGACCCCGCCCACUCUUCCAGCUCUGUCUGCGGGGCUGGCGCGUCGGCUCAGGUCAGCCGCUGGGCUUUUUUCUUCUUCAGCCCAACAUGAAGGAGUCACCUGGACGCGCAGGGCUGGAUAAACGGCAGCUUUAGCAGGCCUCUUCCCCGCGUCUUGUUGAAGGGAGGCGAGAGUCCAGGAGAGCGACAGGUGCACCGUCCGCAGGGUUAAUUUAACACUCAGAAGUUAUGUCGGCGGACAUUCUGCAGCGAAUCAGCACCUUGACGCUGAGUGUCAAGCAGCUCGGCCGACUCCCUCGCCUCUCGGACCUCCUCCCUUCCUCCCUGCCGUCGCCCCGCCCCACCGUCUCUGCCUCCCAGGUCCCCGCCCUGUUCCAAGAGCCCUACAUCCUGACGGGCUACCGCCCCAUCCAGCAGGACUGGCGCUGCUACCUCCUGAGCCUCUUCCAGUGCCACAACGAGUCGCUGAACGUGUGGACUCAUUUGCUGGCUGCCCCGGUGCUGCUGCUCCUCUGGUGGGCCAACGCGGAUGCCCUGGGGUACGCCUUGGAUGCGGCCUCCGUGCCCCUCGCCCUCUUCAUGGCGUCCUCUCUCGCGUACCUGUGCCUGAGCACGGCGGCUCACCUGCUGCAGUCCCACUCCGAGCGGGCGCACUACUUUUUCUUCUUUUUGGACUACGUGGGCGUGGCUGUGUACCAGUAUGGCUGCUCGCUCGGCCAUUACUUCUACUCGUCUGAGCAGGGGUGGAGGGAAGUCAUCGGGAUGCUGUUUCUGCCCGGGGCCGCCUUCUUCGGGUGGCUCUCCUGCGCCGGCUGCUGUUUCGCCAAGGCCAGGUACAGGCGGCCAUAUCCGCCGCAGCGUAAAAUCUGCCAGCUGAUCCCCACCAGCCUUGCCUAUGUGCUGGACAUCAGCCCCAUAGCCCACCGUCUGCUCUCCGCCUCCUGGACGCAGGAGGCCUCCCUCCCCUUCCACGCUCUGCAGGUUGCCUCGUUCCUUCUGGCCGCCUUCUUCUUCUCCUGCCCCGUUCCGGAACGUUUUUUUCCAGGUCGCUGUGACUUCGUGGGCCAGGGUCACCAGGUCUUCCACGUGUUCCUGUCCCUGUGCACCAUGUUCCAGUUGGAGGCGUUGUUCCUGGACUAUGCCAGGCGGCGGGACACGGUGCUGGACGUGUUCGGAGAGAGGCAGCUGUGGUGGGCUUGCGUCUCCUUCCCCGCUCUGUGUGUGUGUUGCGUUCUCACCGCUCUCAUCGCCAUGAGGCACAUGGACAAAGAACUGCAGAGAGCAAAUAAGGACAAGUGACAAUGUGCGUGCGCAAAAAAGAACCAAUGGAAUUGUUAGGAUACUCAACUGAAAUCAACCUUCUUAAUUUAUGUAUUUAAGCGGCUGUGUCUCUGAAGAAUGUGAUUAAUUUUAUUAUUCAAACAAUAAAGCCAUUUUUAACAGAA